UUUCUCCGUUGCAGCUGGCUGUCGCAAAAGAAAAAGAAAAGACGAUAAGACGGCGGCCCCCCGGUGGCGUGUCGUCUCCGGAGAGAGAUAACUUAGCUCUGUUUUGAUGCUAAAAGAUUAAAGCAAGUUUUUAACAAAGCGGCGAAGCAACAAAUUUCAGAUUAAAGUACUGAAGCAAAGGAAGAAAGCUGUCUCAGAGAGAAUGCGUGCGUUUGGUUUUGAUUUUGAUUCCGAGAUGAGAUCGGCAAAGCUUCCGAUUCCGUCACUUCUCCGGUCGGUGGUGUUGGUUUUACUGGCUGCCACUUCGUUUGGAGUCAAUGUAACGUACGAUCACAGAGCGAUCGUCAUUGACGGCAAGCGCCGGGUCUUGGUUUCCGGCUCCAUCCAUUAUCCUCGCAGCACUCCCGAUAUGUGGCCGGACCUCAUACAGAAAUCGAAGGACGGAGGACUAGAUGUGAUCGAGACCUAUGUUUUCUGGAAUUCACAUGAGCCCGUCAGGAACAAGUAUAAUUUCGAGGGACGGAAUGAUUUGGUUAAAUUCGUGAAGUUGGUAGCCGAGGCAGGUCUAUAUGUUCAUCUCCGUAUUGGUCCAUAUGUUUGCGCAGAAUGGAAUUACGGUGGUUUCCCUCUUUGGUUGCAUUUUAUCCCGGGAAUCCAGUUUCGAACUGAUAACGAGCCGUUCAAGACAGAAAUGAAGAGAUUCACAGCCAAAAUUGUGGACAUGAUGAAGCAGGAGAACUUGUAUGCAUCACAAGGAGGACCAAUCAUUCUGUCACAGGUUGGUUUUGACUUCUAAAGUUGGUGGUGUUUGGUAACUAAUUACUAGUAUGCCUUUUCUAUUUUGGGUGCUCUCUUGUAUCAUAGGUUUAUUUUAUUAAUAUCUACUGCUUUAAUUUCUGGUUUUUGAGAGUUAUUCUAAAGGGAUA